CAGCAAGCAACAAAGAUGGUGAUGGCAAAGAAAAUGAAGAAGACUCAUGAGAGUAUUAACAACAGAAUUGCUCUUGUGAUGAAGAGUGGGAAGUACACCCUUGGUUACAAAACUGUCCUUAGGACUCUCAGAAGCUCCAAAUCAAAGCUCAUUAUUAUCUCAAACAAUUGUCCACCUUUGAGGAAAUCUGAGAUUGAGUACUAUGCUAUGCUUGCCAAGGUUGGAGUUCACCAUUUCAAUGGAAACAAUGUCGACUUGGGAACAGCUUGUGGGCGAUACUACCGCGUUUCAUGCCUCAGCAUCAUUGAUCCAGGUGAUUCUGAUAUCAUCAAAACCCUUCCUGGUGACCAGUAAGUGCGGAAAGCUGGUGUGUCCAAUCACUAAUUCAGAUUUUCCUUGAUUGGUUGUCUCUUUUGUAUCUCUACUCUA